AUGUUUAUUAAAAUAUAUAUAUUAGAUGAAUGGGUAUCAUCUGAUUGGAAACAUCGUGAAAACAAAUAUUGGAAAAACUGGAAAUAUAUUAAUAAAUGGUUUAUUAAAUUAUAUAAGUCGAAAUUUGAAAAAUUGAAAAAAUGGGAAAAUACACUAGAUAGAGAAACACAUGAAUGGGACGAAUGGAUAGAAAUUAAAGAUUACUUUUUUAUGAAUAAGAAAAGUAACGAGUGGGCAAAAUUUGAAAAUGAUACAACCCAAGAUUAUGAAGAAUGGCGUAAUGAAUUUAUAGACAAACUAAUAAAAGAAAAGAAAUGGAAUGUUUGGAAACAUGAAAAAGAAAAUUAUAAGCCCCAAAAAAGAAAAUUAAAAGAAAAGGAGAAAAAAACGAAUGAACAAAAAAGCGAUUUGAAUAAUUCAUCAUCCAAAAAACCCAAUUCACCAAAUACAGAAAGCAAUGCUUUUAAUUUUGUAUCUAAUUUUUUUAAACAAUGGAAUACUCCAAUUUUCAACUUUAAACCAGAAUAUGGAAGUAGGAAACAUCUGAAUACUAAAGUAACGAUUAUAAACUAUCAAAUGUAA